UGCGUUACUUACCUCGACUCUUAGCUUGUCGAGGACGGUAACGGGGCCCGCCCGGCGUCUACUCCCGUCUCCUGCGCCUGCCUACCGCUAGCGACCCACCAUGCGUGAGUGCAUCUCCAUCCACGUCGGCCAGGCUGGUGUCCAGAUCGGCAAUGCCUGCUGGGAGCUCUACUGCCUGGAGCAUGGCAUCCAGCCCGAUGGCCAGAUGCCCAGUGACAAGACCAUCGGGGGAGGAGAUGACUCCUUCAACACCUUCUUCAGCGAGACCGGCGCUGGCAAACAUGUGCCCAGGGCCGUGUUUGUAGACCUGGAACCCACUGUCAUUGAUGAAGUUCGCACUGGCACGUACCGCCAGCUCUUCCACCCCGAGCAGCUCAUCACAGGCAAGGAAGAUGCUGCCAAUAACUAUGCCCGAGGGCACUACACCAUUGGCAAGGAGAUCAUCGACCUGGUCUUGGACCGAAUUCGCAAGCUGGCUGACCAGUGCACGGGUCUUCAGGGCUUCUUGGUUUUCCACAGCUUCGGCGGGGGCACUGGCUCUGGGUUCACCUCCCUGCUGAUGGAACGUCUCUCUGUCGAUUACGGCAAGAAGUCCAAGCUGGAGUUCUCCAUUUACCCGGCCCCCCAGGUGUCCACAGCUGUAGUUGAGCCCUACAACUCCAUCCUCACCACCCACACCACCCUGGAGCACUCUGAUUGUGCCUUCAUGGUGGACAACGAGGCCAUCUAUGACAUCUGUCGUAGAAACCUCGAUAUUGAGCGCCCAACCUACACUAACCUUAACCGCCUUAUUAGCCAGAUCGUGUCCUCCAUCACGGCUUCCCUCAGAUUUGAUGGAGCCCUGAAUGUCGAUCUGACAGAAUUCCAGACCAACCUGGUGCCCUACCCCCGCAUCCACUUCCCUCUGGCCACGUACGCCCCCGUCAUCUCUGCUGAGAAAGCCUACCACGAACAGCUUUCUGUGGCAGAGAUCACCAAUGCGUGCUUUGAGCCGGCCAACCAGAUGGUGAAGUGUGACCCUCGCCAUGGUAAAUACAUGGCUUGCUGCCUAUUGUACCGUGGCGAUGUGGUUCCCAAAGACGUCAAUGCUGCCAUUGCCACCAUCAAGACCAAGCGCAGCAUCCAGUUUGUGGACUGGUGCCCUACUGGUUUCAAAGUGGGCAUCAACUACCAGCCUCCCACGGUAGUCCCCGGGGGAGACCUGGCCAAGGUGCAGCGGGCUGUGUGCAUGCUGAGCAACACCACAGCCAUCGCUGAGGCCUGGGCCCGCCUGGACCACAAGUUUGACCUGAUGUACGCCAAGCGGGCCUUUGUCCACUGGUACGUGGGGGAGGGCAUGGAGGAAGGGGAGUUUUCCGAGGCCAGAGAGGACAUGGCCGCCCUGGAGAAGGAUUAUGAGGAGGUUGGUGUGGAUUCUGUGGAAGGCGAGGGUGAGGAAGAAGGAGAGGAAUACUAAAAUGGCCUUUCGGUCCUGCGGCAUGUCAUGCUAUAAUUCAGCUUCAACAUUAGCUAAUAGGCUCUAAAGUAUUCUGGUUAGACUGUAUUUCAACUGUGAAUCAUGUCUUUUCCAUGUGUGUCUGUUUUCCAUCAUGUCUUGAAGUAAAGGCUUUAAGAAAGUUUGA